UUAAGCAGCUCAAGAGGGAAAAGCAGGCAAGGUUUCGUUUUUCUGGGAUGGUAAGUCUUAGGCGGUGAUGGUGUAGCCAUGGCGAGAGUUUUCAUAGCGAUGGUUCUCCUGGUUUUUGGUCUCGGGAUUGGUAGCAUCAGCUGCGACAGCGACGAAGAAGUGCUGCUAGCUUUGAAGCAGGGUCUACUCGAUGGCAGUGGAGCGAUGAGGAACUGGAUCGCAGGGACUGGGUUUUGCAACUGGACAGGGAUUCAGUGUGACCAACAAGAUCAUGUCGAGUCCAUCAUCUUGCCAAACAGGCUCCUCCAGGGAAGUCUUACCUUGGAGCUGGGAAGGCUCCAGCAUCUCAAAGUUCUCAAUUUGGAGCUCAAUAACUUGACCGGGAGCAUUCCACAAACUCUGGAGAAUUGCUCGUCGCUGGCAAACAUCUCGCUCGGAUCAAACCAGCUGAGUGGUAGGAUUCCUCUUCACUUGGACAGGCUUCCUGGGCUUCAAAGGCUUGACUUGUGGAACAAUCUCCUCCAAGGACCCAUCCCGGCCUCCCUAGGAAACGCUACCAGGAUCGACUAUUUCAGCCUCGGCCAAAACUUUCUCUCCGGGGCUAUCCCUCCGGAGCUCGGCCGGCUUUCCAGGUUGCAAAUCCUUCGGCUCUUCACGAACAACUUUGUUGGAUCCUUCCCGGUUUUCUUCACGAACUGUACAAACCUCCAGAUCAUGAGCAUCAGGAACAAUUCUCUCACCGGUUUCAUACCACCCGAGCUCGAUCGGCUUGUUCUUCUCCAGCAACUUCGCAUCCAGUCCAAUUUUUUCGAAGGCUCCAUUCCUCCCCACAUUGGCAACAUGACCAGCCUUUACUACAUCGACAUCUCCAGCAACAGGCUCUCGGGAAACAUUCCAAGAGCUCUCGGCUCGCUCGCAAACUUACAGGAGCUCUAUCUCAACAACAACACUCUCUCGGGAAGGAUUCCGGAAGAAAUGAUCGGAUGCCGAAGCCUGGGAACUCUAGACUUGUCACACAACCAGCUCGAGGGUCCUCUUCCACAAAACAUUGGUAGCUUUGGCCUGACCAACUUAACUUUGGAUCACAACAUCAUCUCCGGGAGCAUACCACCAAGUUUUGGAAAUUUGAGGCUCAUCAACUUGGAUCUCUCGCACAACCGCUUAAGUGGCAGCUUGCCUUCCACUCUUGCCAGCCUCAAGAACAUCCAGCUCGCGUUUAACUUGGCAUAUAAUUCCCUCAGCGGCAGGAUACCAGCUUGGCUUGGCGAUUUCCAGGUGGUGCAAAACAUCUCUCUCCAGGGGAACAACUUCUCCGGGGAGAUCCCCGAGAGCUUGGGCGAUUGCGUGGGCUUGCAGUCACUGGACCUCUCGUUGAAUCGGCUCACAGGCUCCAUCCCAAGCUCGCUCGGAUCGCUAAGGUUUUUGGUCUCGUUAAAUCUCUCCAUGAACGACCUCGAAGGUCGUGUUCCCGACGAAGGCUCUCUAAAGUCGUUCACGGAAGAAUCGUUUGCUGGAAACGCACGACUGUGUGGAGCCCCAGUUAACAGGACGUGUGAUUCCAGAGAAGCUGGUGGUAACAAGGCAAGGAUCAUCAUCAUUUCGGCUUCCAUUGGUGGUUCGUGCUUCGUGGUGAUUUUGGUCGCGACUUGGUUGACACUACGUUGCUGUUUCUCUCGAGAUAAUCCAGUCGCUAUGGCAGAGGGAGAUGAUCACGCCGAAGAGCUACGAGAAUAUGCCGGGCCACUUAUGUCCUUCACAGCCGAGGAACUUCGAAACAUCACGGAUGAUUUCUCCCAGGAAAAUCUCAUCGGUGUUGGUGGCUUCUGCCGCGUCUACAAAGCCAAACUCAACAAAGAGUUUGUAGCAGUCAAGCUCUUACGGCUCGACAUGGCUGGUAACGAAGUGAGCAAGAGUUUCUUCGCGGAAGUGAAGAUUCUUAGCCAAGUGAGACACAGGAACCUUGUUCGAUUGCUGGGACAUUGCUGGUCGAGCCAGGCCAAAGCUCUCGUUCUCGAGUUUCUACCCAAUGGAAGCCUUGAGCAGCAUCUUAAAGGUGGCACGCUUGACUGGGAGACGAGGUUUUCUAUCGCUCUCGGCGUGGCAAACGGGAUGGUUUACUUGCACCAAGAGUUUGAUUCACCGAUCAUACAUUGCGAUCUAAAGCCGGCCAAUGUUCUCUUGGAUCUGGACUUCCAGCCCCACGUCACAGACUUUGGCAUCUCAAGGAUCGCUCAACCGGACGAGCAUGCAACGAUCAGUGCUUUUAGAGGCUCCAUUGGAUAUACUCCACCUGAAUAUGGAAACUCUGCGAGCAUUACCACCAAAGGUGAUGUUUACAGCUAUGGGAUUCUCUUGCUGGAGCUAGUAACAGGCAAGUCUCCGACGAGUGGAAUGUUUGGAAUCACUUCCACACUUCAAGAGUGGGUUCAAGACUCGUUCCCUUUGGCAGUCUCCAAGAUUGUUGAUCCUAGGCUUGGAUCACAGUCGCAAUAUUAUGAGCUCGAGAUCCUGGAGGUGAUCAGGGUCGCUUUGCUAUGCACUUCGUUUCUUCCAGCAAUGAGACCAUCAAUGCGACAAGUUCUCAAUUCCAUCGCGAAGCUCAGAUGUGACCAGCAACUCAAGCCUAUAGGAUCACUCAUUUCCUCUCCAAGUCCAUAUACAUUUCCCGGAAGACAAAACUUUGAAGCACACUCUGAUAAGCUAUAGCUAAUGAACAGAAACCGAGGAAAAGCUCCAUACCUU